CAUGAAUUAAUGAGUUUGGAGCUUCAAUUGACAAGCAAUCAGAGGCACAUAAAUGAGAUUUUGACUGAGUGGCAAGAUAAAGAAGAUUAUUGGGCUCGCACUUGUAAUAUGGAGGUAGAUGCUCGAGAGAUGUGAAGAGUAGAAAGUUUAGGGAGGUAGCAAUACAUCGAACACCAGGCUGCUCAAAUCUAUAAGGCUGUUCAAAAAGCAGGCAACAUGGUUGAAAAGGCGAAAGCACUGGAACGAGAGAUUGUACCAACCCAAGGCCACAGUCAAAGAUUAUUGCACUUUUUUCAUGAAGCUAGGGAGUAAUGUGCUCAAAUCAAAUGUUUUUAUGGCUUUAAUGCAAGAAUGAUUGGAUGAUGUGUAAAGACUCCCAUGGUUAAUGAAAGUUUCUUUUUGUUUCGAUCGAUCCAAGAUAAUACCCUAAUUUGUAUUUCAUUCAUUUCAUGCAUGCAUUUUCAUACUAACAAUAAUAUCAACGAUAUUAUAUCAUGCGAUCUAAUUCGUGGUUGAUAAACUAAGGUUCAAGGAUAGCAAAGCCAAGGAACCAUAACUCGUCAAUUUCGUAUAGAUAUAAUACUCGCUCCCAGACUCGAGCCAUGGCAGAAGAGAAUACAGCUAGGUUUGAAAGGGUCGAAAGGGUACAGGAGGAGAUACAAGAAAGAGUGAUAGAAAUACAACAAAGAAUUGAAGCACAAAUGGUUGAAUUAAGACAACUGUUAAUUGGAUCAAUGAAAGGAAAAUGAGUCGCUGGUAUAUCUAGGACAGGAGAUGAGAUUAAUGUGGAAGAGCCAUUAUACCCUCCUGGAUUCACUCCACCUCAAGUUCAGAUUCAAGUUCCUCGGGGUAUACACAUACAACCACCAAGUGCGCAGCCGUACCCCUAUGUCAAUCAUUCUGCAAAUCAGCAGCCGACCCACUUGAAUGCCAAUUCGGGACCCAUCCCAGUCGAUCCCAUCAUAGUACCAAAUCUUGACGACCCUGUUGAGCAAGAGAAGUCUCACGAAAUGUCAGAACCUGUUAUAAAUUCAAAAAUUCAAGACAAAUAUGACCAGCUUGAAGAGAGGCUUAAAGCGGUUGAAGGUAAUGACACUUAUGGGGUUAUUGACGCCAACGAGCUUAGCCUAGUGCCUGACUUGGUUAUCCCACCAAAAUUUAAGACCCCAGAUUUUGAGAAAUACGAUAGGACAAAGUGUCCAUCUGCUCAUAUCACUAUGUUUUGUAGAAAGAUGACGGGUUAUACCCAUAAUGACAAACUAUUGAUACACUGUUUUCAAGAUAGUUUGACUGGUUCAGCAGCUAAAUGGUACGUGCAAUUAGAUCGAAAUAAGAUCAGUUCAUGGAAAAACUUGGCCAAAGUUUUUCUUGCUCAGUAUAAGCACGUCUUGGAUACAGCCCCUGAUAGACUGUCAUUACAAAAUAUGGAGAAAAAGUUGACGGAAACCUUCAAAGAAUACGCAUAUCGGUGGAGAGAUGCAGCAGCCCAAGUACAACCACCACUGACUGAAAAAGAGAUAACCGUGCUAUUCAUCAAUACAUUGAAGGCCCCGUAUUAUGACAGAUUGGUGGGAAAUGCCACGAAAAACUUCUCUGACAUGGUAAUUUCAGGGGAGAUGAUAGAAAAUGCUAUCAAAAGUGGUAAAAUUGAAGGGUCUGAAAAGAAGAUAGCUACAUUAAAGAAGAAAGAGCAGGAGACACAUGUUGUCACUUACACAAAUCCCCCACACCAUCCUUUUGUUUCAUAUAACCCACACCCCCAUUACUACUCUACCAUAAACCAAAUCUCUCAACAACCAUACCAUUACCGAGCCCCCCAACAAUCGUUACCCAGAUCAAGUUUUAGCCCUCAACCAUCCAAUUACACCCCAGCACCUUCAGCUCGACCAUUUACUCGACCAACCUACCCAAACAGCAAUCAAAGAAACUCACAGAAUAAUAACAAUCGAGAAAGACCUCAUUUUGACCCAAUUCCCAUGACAUACACAGAUUUGUAUCCUCGACUUGUUGAAAAACAUUUGCUUGCUCCUGUUAUUAUUGAACCUUUGAAACCUCCGUUUCCCAAAUGGUAUGACCCCAAUGCACAUUGUGAUUAUCAUUAUGGGAAUCCAGGUCAUUCCACUGAGCAUUGUAUUGCUUUGAAGCAUAAAGUGCAGGGGUUAAUCAAUGAAAGAGUAUUAAAUUUUGAUACCAGCCAAAUAGAUGAAGGUCGAAUAGAGUUUUACCAAGAGAGAGAAGAGUUGGUGAAAGUGUCUACCAUUGAUUCAAAGAAUAAGUUUGGGCGUAGACCAGUAACUAUCUAUUAUGAUGAGAAGCCAACAUUAAAGCUAGAAAAACCCGUCUCUCGACUAGUGGUGACAAUUAAAGUUUCUGGCCCUUUUCCAUAUCAGAAUGAUAAAGCAGUACCUUGGAAGUACAAUUAUGAUGUCGUAGUCAACCCAGAUACUGCCAACAUAACGGGUGUAGGAGGCAUAACUCGAAGUGGGAGGUGUUAUACCCCAGAAGCUCUAGAAAAAGCUAGAAAGGAGAAAGCCAAGGUAGGAGAAAAAAAUGAAAGUCAGAGUGAUCUUGACACAACCCUAGAAAAAGAAUGGCAGAAGCCAGUAUCUGAGAGUGAAGCAAGUGAAUUUUUAAAGUUAAUAAAACAUAGCGAGUAUAACAUGGUAGAACAACUUAACAAGAUGCCAGCUAGAAUUUCGCUAUUGUCAUUAUUGCUCAGUUCAGAGCCACACCGUAAUGCUUUGCUGAAAGUGUUAAAUCAAGCAUAUGUGUCUCACAAUACUUCUGUUGAAUAUGUAGAACAGCUUGUUGGCAACCUGACGAUUUCAAACUAUAUCUCUUUCAGUAAUGAAGAGAUUCCUCCUGAAGGUAGAGGAAGUACCAGGGCUCUUCACAUUACUGUGAAAUGUAAAAGUCAUAUAAUGGCUAAGGUUUUGAUUGAUAAUGGCUCAUCCAUCAAUGUUAUACCUGCGACUACUCUGGCAAAACUCCCUGUUGAUGGAUCUUAUAUGAAACCUAGUCAUAUGAUAGUGAGAGCCUUUGAUGAAACCAGAAGAGAAGUGUUGGGAGAUAUAGAAGUGCCAUUGUAGAUUGGCCCAUGUACUUUCAACGUGAAAUUUCAAGUCAUGGACAUCUCUCCUUCAUAUAAUUGUUUAUUAGGUAGACCGUGGAUCCAUAUGGCAGGUGCUGUCCCAUCUUCAUUACAUCAAAAAGUUAAAUUUAUUGUUGAAGGGAAGCUAACAUGUGUGGCAGGAGAAGAAGAUUUAUUGGUAACUCAACCGAUAAAUACUCCUUAUGUGAAAUCGACAGAUGAAGCUUUAGAAUGCUCUUAUAGAUCUUUUGAGAUUCGAGUAUUAGGAGAUCUUUUAUGGUGUGUUUAUGUUUGUCAUUUUAAUAAAAGACUUAGAAGAUGCAUCCGUAUUUUUUCUGUCAUUUUUAUCUUCGUUUUACCUUUCAUCCUUUUCUUUCCUACAUUUUCUUGCCAUUCCAUUUUUGUGUGCCAAUAUUCUCUCCAUAUUACCCUUUGCAGGGUCUCAAACAAUGAACAUGAGGAUAAUCAUGGCAUUAAUCUCGGAUUUGAUUUUGAAAACUUAAUUCAUGUUGAUGAACUUGAUAAUGAGGAAGAUUCAGAUAACUAUACACUGCCUCUUGAUUUGUUAAAAUUAAUAGAACAUGAAGAUAAGCCAAUUGAACCCCACCAAGAAAUUACUGAAUCAGUAAAUUUGGGAGAUGGUGAGAAUAAAAGAGAGGUCAAAGUUGGUACAUCUCUUUUACCAGCUGAAAGACAGAAGCUAGAAGAGCUGCUACGAGAAUAUGUAGAUGUGUUCGCAUGGACUUACCAGGAUAUGCCAGGACUCAGCACUGAUAUUGUAGAGCACAAGUUACCUUUAAAACCAGGAUGUAAGCCGAUGCAGCAAAAGCUAAGGCGCAUGAAACCAGAGAUGCUGCUGAAAAUUAAAGAGGAAGUGAAGAAACAAUUCGAUGCUGGAUUUUUAGAAGUGGCAAAAUAUCCUGAAUGGGUAGCCAACAUAGUGCCAGUUCCUAAGAAGGAUGGAAAAGUGAGAAUGUGUGUUGAUUAUCGAGAUUUGAAUAGAGCAAGCCCUAAGGAUAACUUUCCUUUACCUCACAUCGAUACUCUAGUGGAUAAUACUGCUAGGCACUCCACAUUUUCCUUUAUGGAUGGUUUCUCAGGCUAUAAUCAGAUCAAGAUGGCUCGAGAUGAUAUGGAGAAAACUACAUUUGUGACCAUGUGGGGAACAUUCUGUUACAAAGUCAUGCCUUUUGGGUUGAAAAAUGCUGGUGCUACUUAUCAAAGAGCAAUGGUGACUCUUUUUCAUGACAUGAUGCAUAAAGAGAUAGAAGUGUAUGUAGAUGAUAUGAUUGCAAAAUCUCGUGAAGGAAAGGAUCAUAUAGUCAGUCUCAAAAAGCUGUUCGACAGGUUGAGAAGAUUUCAGUUGAAGUUGAAUCCUGCCAAAUGUACAUUUGGAGCCAAAUCAGGAAAACUAUUGGGCUUUGUAGUCAGUGAAAAAGGAAUUGAAGUUGAUCCAGAUAAGAUACAAGCCAUUCAAAACUUAUCUCCUCCUCAUACCUCAAAAGAAGUGCGAGGCUUCUUAGGGAGAUUAAAUUAUAUUGCUCGCUUCAUCUCUCAACUCACUUAUAAGUGUGAUCCUAUUUUCAAGCUUCAAAAACAUGAUCCUGGAGAAUGGAAUGAUGAAUGCCAAGAAGCUUUUGAUAAGAUCAAAGAAUACUUGUCAAAUCCACCUGUGUUGGUGCCACCAAUGCCAGGAAAACCUUUGAUUUUGUACUUGACAGUGCAUGAAAAUUCAAUGGGAUGUGUGCUGGGGCAAAGAGAUGAAACUGAUAAGAAAGAACGAGCAAUUUACUACUUGAGCAAGAAGUUCACUGAUUAUGAGUCAAAGUAUUCACCAUUAGAGAAGAUGUGUUGUGCAUUAACCUGGACAGCUCGAAGGCUUAGACAAUACAUGCUUUAUCACACUACUUGGCUCAUAGCAAAGCUGGAUCCUAUUAAGUAUAUCUUCGAAAAGCCCUCAUUGACAGGAAGAAUAGCACGGUGGCAAGUUAUGCUUUCAGAAUAUGAUAUCAUUUACGUGACUCAAAAAGCUAUUAAAGGGAGUGCAAUAGCUGAAUUCCUUGCUGAUCGUGCAGUCGAAGAUUAUGAGCCAAUGAAAUUAGAUUUUCUUGAUGAGGAUGUGAUGGCCAUUGAAGAAAAUGAACCUGUUGAAAAAUCAUGGAGGAUGUAUUUUGAUGGAGCUGCUAAUGCUUUGGGUCAUGGUAUUGGGGCAAUUUUGAUAUCUCCUGAUGGACAUUAUUACCCCAUCACAGCCAGAUUAAAUUUUAAUUGCACAAACAAUGUGGCUGAAUAUGAGGCCUGUGUUAUGGGUUUAUAAGCAGCAAUUGAAAAGAAGAUCAAAGUGUUAGAUGUGUUUAGAGAUUCAGCUUUAGUCAUCUAUCAGUUACGAGGUGAAUGGGAAACAAGAGACUCUAAGUUGAUUCGAUACCAUAAAUACAUCUCUGAGUUGGUCAAGCAAUUUAAAGAAGUUCAGUUUGAGCAUCUACCUAGAGAGGAAAACCAAAUUGCUGAUGCACUGGCUACUCUAGCUGCAAUGAUCAAAAUAGAUGCAAAUACUGAAAUCCAACCCAUUAAGCUGGAUGUGAAAGAUGUACCAGCACAUUGCUCAGAUGUUGAAAAAGAAAUUGAUGGAAGGCCAUGGUAUCAUGAUAUCAUGCAAUACAUUAAAAGCCAGCAAUACCCAGAACAUGCAACUGAAAAUGAUAAGAGGACUAUUAGAAGAUUGGCUAUGAAUUUCUUCAUUGACGGAGAUAUCCUUUACAAAAGAGGUCGAGAUCAAGUGCUCUUAAGAUGUGUAAAUGCAGCUGAAGCAAAGAAGAUUAUUGAAGAAGUGCAUGAUGGAGUUUGUGGGGCACAUGCAAAUGGUCAUAUGAUGGCUAGACAAAUUAUGAGGGCUGGCUAUUAUUGGUUGACAAUGGAGAGUGACUGUAUUGAUUAUGCUAGGAGAUGUCAUAAAUGUCAGAUUUAUGCUGACAAGAUUCAUGCUCCACCAUCAACAUUACAUGUUUUAGCUCCUCCCUGGCCAUUCUCAAUGUGGGGCAUGGAUGUCAUUGGUCCCAUCACUCCAAAAGCUUCGAAUGGGCAUAGAUUCAUUUUUGUGAUGAUUGAUUACUUCACCAAAUGGGUAGAGGCUGCAUCAUAUGCUAGCGUGACCCGAUCUGUGGUAUGUAAGUUCAUGAAAAGAGAGAUAAUAUGCAGAUAUGGGCUUCCGGAGACAAUUAUUUCUGAUAAUGCCAAAAACUUGAACAACAAAAUGAUGAAUGAAGUAUGCACUCAGUUCAAGAUCCACCAUCGUAAUUCGACACCAUAUCGUCCAAAAAUGAAUGGGGCAGUGGAGGCUGCGAAUAAGAAUAUCAAGAGAAUCCUGGAGAAAAUGACUGAAACUUACAAAGAUUGGCAUGAGAAGUUAUCUUUUGCCUUACAUGCUUAUAGAACAUCAGUCAGAACGUCUACUGGAGACACACCGUUCUCUUUGGUAUAUGGUAUGGAAGCUGUGCUACCAGUCGAAGUGGAAAUUCCCUCACUGAGAGUCCUGAUGGAGGUGGAGUUAGAGGAAGCAGAAUGGGUCCGAAAUCGCUACGAGCAGUUAAACCUUAUUGAAGAGAAAAGACUGUCAGCACUUUGUCAUGGUCAAUUAUAUCAAAAGAGGAUGAUGAGAGCACAUGACAAGAAAACUCGUCCCCGUUGCUUUAGGGAAGGAGACUUAGUGCUAAAAAGAUUUCUUCCAAAUCAACAUGAUAAUCGGGAGAAAUGGACACCAAAUUGGGAAGGCCCGUAUGUGGUGAAAAAGGCUUUUUCUGGCGGGGCAUUGAUUUUGGCAGAAAUGGACGGAGGUGAUUUGCCUACCCCAAUAAAUUCAGAUGUUGUGAAGAAAUAUUUUGCUUAA